CACACACCGCACUGGCCACGCUGCCGUCAGCCGCCGCCACGCUGCCGUGCGGCGAAGAAAGUGUCGUGAAAGGUGACGGGCGCGGUCGUGUCGCGGCCCCAUGCGGCGGGGUGCGGCAGCGGCGGCGGCGCUUCUGUGCCUGGGGGCCGCCUGCCUGCUGGGCCGCGGGUUCGAUCCCCGCGCCUGGCUGCUGCCGCCGCCCCGCCACCGCCUGCUAAGUGCGGCCGAACUGGCCCGGUACCGGGGGGCGGAGGGCGAGCCCGGCCUCUACCUCGCCGUGCUGGGCCGCGUCUUCGACGUGGAGCGCGGCCGCAAGCACUACGGCCCCGGCGGCGCCUACAGCGGCCUCGCAGGGCCUGUCUGCCCCUCAGGGAGAGAUGCCACCAGAGCAUUUGCCACGGGCGACUUCACCCCGAUGGGGCUGGUGGACGACGUCUCGGGGCUGUUGCCGGGCGAGAUGCUCGCCAUCCAGAGCUGGCUCUCCUUCUACAGUGACAACUACGACCCCGUGGGGAAGCUGGUGGGCAGGUUCUACGAUGAAAAUGGAACACCAACGGAAGCCUUAAGGCAGGCAGAGGCUGCGAUUGAGGAAGCUCUGACGUUCAAAGCAGAAAGCGAGCAGAGGAAGCAGCAGUUUCCACCCUGCAACUCUGAAUGGAGCUCUGCUAAGGGCAGCCGAUUCUGGUGCUCCAGACAGAGUGGAGGAGUGAACAGGGACUGGGCUGGGGUCCCUCGGAAGCUGUACCGACCCGGUUCGAGGGGGAGUGACUGCGUGUGCGUGAGGACUACUGGUCCCCCGUGGGGCCAGCCGGACUCCAGCGAGCACAGCGACAGGGGCGACCUGGACAACCCUCACCUGGAGCAAUAUGACGGCUGCCAUCCACUGGCCGAGCAGUGUGUCCUAAGGGUGUGAUUCCGAGCGCUGGAUCCGAGGUGGGCGUAGGGUCCUGAAGCAAAACGUUGCACCUUGGGUGGGCAGCUCCAGCUUUAUUCCCUUCCGUCUGUGCAAAGGGAGCAAUAACAAUCUCAUGUUAUUCGUGACUCUCUUUUAAUGUACGGAGACGGAGAAGGAAACACUUCAGCCAAGUUAGUGGCUAAAAAACCAGCAACAGGAUGCUUUCGUUCUCAGUGCUUUAUUCCUAUGGUAUUUUUACAUCUGGUGAAAAACUGUAAGAUGCGCAACCAGAAUUAUAUUUAAAAACUGAUUUCUUGUGCAGUCAGGAAAUAGAUGCUUGUGUGCACGGUGGCGGGUGCGAUGUGUUGUGUUUUAAGGCAGCGAGGUAGUGAGCACAAGAGCCACUGCGUCACCACCGCCUCGGUUUACGCACAGUCCUCCAGGUGCUUGAACUCUGCCAGCUGCAUCGUAGUGCUAAUGCUUCUUCCCGGGCACCCGAUUUACUCCAAAGAGUUUGAAGGGAGCAGGGAGAAGCGUGAAUUUCUCCUACAGUUAAGGUACAUAGUGUCUAGGUGUGCGGUUUAGUUAUACACGAGCUUUAUCAAGUUCUUGGAGUACCAAAGGCAAAGGUCAUAGCUGCAUUUCCUCAUUUAGUGUUUGUAUUAGAUACUGUGCAAAGAAGAUAUUGAAAGCCACCUACGAGGAUCAUCAUUUUAUAUUAACCUCACCAUCCUGGGCCUCUGAUUCACUGCUUUCAAACUACUCCCAUCAGAGAUCGGUAGUUUUAGGUAGGCAAUAACAACAGCUCUGUGGCAACACAACCGUCCUACUGUAACCUGCCUCCUGUUUCCAUCCUGGUAGAUGAGCUCCCAUCUGGUACGUGUCGGUCAGACUACAAGCCAAGGCUGGAUGUCCCCUCACAAGGCCCAGCUCCCCUCAAGUCUGUACACAUUUUAACACAGCUGGCAAAAUUCAGCAACACGAGCGACUCCCAGAAGAGCAGGGCAAGUUAUUACCAUUUCUGUGCAGGGCUGGAAAGGACAAGGGAGGACCCGCACGGGGCUUGGGUGCUAUAAACCCCAGCAGGGAAGCAGUUGCUGUUUCUUGGAGUCUACCCUUAGAAUCAGUUUCUGGUGUAGCCGCAGCCUCAAGAGAGACACGCAGAUGACACGGAGUCCAGCAGUGGCAGAGAUCCAUGCUGAGCUGAGUUCAGGUCUGUCCUUAAGGCAGCUGCCACCUACGUAUAAAGAGCCAAGAGCCAUUUAUAAACUCAUCAGUUUUGGGCUACUACCACCUCUAAAGAAAGUCCCACAAAGCUAAGUAAUUAGUGAAUAACUAGGGAGAUUACAGGAGGCCUGGCAGCGUUGCUGCAAAGCAAGAGCGAUAACGCGAUUGCAGCGGCAGCAGGACAUAGUUCAGCACUUCCCCCUGGGAUGUUUUGAUGGGGCUGGAGCUGCCGUGGACAGGAGCCACACAGCGGUUCAAAUGUGUACAUGCUUAGUGUGGUGUUUUGGGGGGUGGCGGGGUUUAGCCUGGGUCUGUUGUGUUUCUUUUCCACUGUAACCUCGACGAGAAGUCCUCUAAGGCACUGUCGGUCAGCAGUGGCAGUUGUACGCGUGGCUGAGUGGCAGCAGAGCCAUCGCACAUCGUCACGCUUUUGAAACUGAAACUUAGCCCUGGGCUUGUGCCCUCGUUGGGGUCGCAGCAGGCAACUCAUUUCACCCAAGAACCCUAAUGCUAAAGCUGUGUAAAGCCUGCAGGAAAGAGCUGCAAAGCUUUGUCGUCUCCACAACUUGGUGGCCAUUACAAGUGUCAGCAGGUCAUUUGCUUUUGGACACAUCUCCUUUAACAAGAACUUGCAUUUAGAUGCCAAACCAUCCCCCAAAGUGAUUGGCAAGUGCCUUUAAAAUAGCUUUAGAAGUUGCAGCAAAUUCCAGAUUACUAGUCCAUAGUUUAGUGUUUGGAAACACCGGGGGGAAGUCUCCUUUGCACUCAGAAUAAGUCAUCUAUUAAAGCAGAGAAGGAGACUCCCUCGCUGAGCUGAAGCGCUCCAAGAUUAUCUUGUUUCUACUCCAGCUCAAAGGCUCAGCUCUUUAUCUACCCGCCCAUCCCAGGAGAGGAAAGGGUGGGGAGAAGCCCAGCAACAGCUACACAGGGUCGCGUCAGCACAGACAGUGCUCUAAUAAAGCUCACCAUUCAUCUGCAGUUUAGUAAGUUUUAUUAAUAAAAGGCGAAUGCAUCACAAUCUCA